UCGACUUCCUAGCAAUUCUGAAUUUCCAGCUUUUUAUGUAUUUUCACUUGAAAAUUACCAUUUUUCUCUUAAUGUCCUGCAAAAACGCAAAAACACCAAAACUAACCAAAACAUCAGAAAAUAACAAAGCUAAAGGUUUAACUAAUGUAAAUUAAAGGAUCCAAAUAUACACUUUUUGGCACUCAUCAUACGGCAUCAGGUUUGAUUGCAUAUCUUACUUGCUAUAUUUUGUAUGCAAUCUAGGAACCAGUUGUGUUUUUACCCCCACUAUUUCUCUUGAGAGAACGUUGCAGGUACUUGUUGGGGAAGACAGAAAAAGCAGGUCGAGCGACUGUUUUUCUGUAUUGGCAUCAUCGAGCGUACACAGGUUUGAUCUUGCCUUGCAUAUGAUGUCAUUUCCAUAUUGCAUUUUUUUUAUUAAAAAAAAAUUGGGGAGAAUUUGCAGGAUUUUUUUUUUUUUUUUUUUUUUUUUUUCUCUUGGCUUAUCAAAUAUUGCAUGUAUUUUCACCUGAUAUCUCAAUUCUUUGUGCAUUAAUCCACUCUGCUUAGAUAUAAUUGAGAGUUAUGACUAUAUCUGCCAAGUGUUUUCCUGUUUAUGCAAAAGUAGGAUAGCUUCUUUCCUCAUGCGAUGAAAAUGUGCACUAUCCAAGACUCCCCUAAAGGUACAUCUUUCCUUCUUUGAUUUUUUUUUUUUUUUUUUGUUUCUAGAAAUUUGGAAAAGAGAAGAGGUCCUUGAUAAGAUAGCCAAAUUGACCACAUGCUAGUUGAACCUAAAACCUAAAAACUCUGGCAUUUCCUCUAGUUGCAGCACCAUGAGAAUCAAGCAGUAAAUCAUAUAAAUUCUGCGCUUUAAAUUGUAUAAUCACUGCUUAGGUGAUGUAUUUGCAAUAUACCUUGCCCUUUACGUGCAAGUAAAAAUUUACCUUGUCCUUCAUGGUACAAAUAAAAUAAUUAAGUACUGCAUCUCAAGGGGAGUGUAUCAGAUGAGGGUGGCUAGGCCCUAGUAAGCUAUAAGGUUUGACUUUUGGCUAAUCUGUCAUAGAUUUUCUCUCUUUUCUAGGAAAUCUAGUUACCAUUUGUCAUGUCAUUGAAAGUCAUACCUUGUGGGUUAAGUCUUCGCACACACACGCAUUGUAUGAGUUGAGUUGUCUAUUUGAAUUUUCUAUGAUCAGGAAAAUAUUUGUGUUGAUUGAAAUCUCAACUCUCUUCUAUAUCUCAAUUUAGUUUUGAGAUGCUCUCUGAUUGUGUUAUCAGUGGAUUAUACAUGCGUGUUCUGAAACUGACCUAAAAAAAAUUAUUUUCUGCAAAUUUUUCUUCAUUUUUCUGUUUUUCAAUGUGAAGCGUCCAGACGGUCUCUCUUGACGUCCGGAAUGGGGCAGCUUAGUCGUUCGAACGGUUCAACUUUCGUCCGGACGCGCGCGGCCACCAUCGGCCGAACGGUUAGAUUAAUCGUCCGGACGUGCGCGACCUGUCUGCUCAUUUCUGAGGCAGCGCGCGUCCAGACGACAUUAAUACACCGUCCAGACGGGGACCCCACAGAGGCUAUAUAUACCCCUGGUCGCUAGACAUCAUCUCUACCCCACAAAAUCUAUCUUUUUGGCAUUUUAAUCAUGUCUGCCGGCAGUCCACAGUGCAGGGUCAACCAGAGGACUGAGGAAGAUAGGUCCGUGUUUCACACCAAGAUCAUGGACCGCGCAGUCAUUGCCGAGCGGAAUGUGGUCCACUCCGACAUUAUGGUAGCACCCCUGGAUAGUAUCCAUGAUAUUAUUUAGACGUAUCUUCACUCCUGCGCCUGUGUUGUCUACACCAGGCUUGUCAGGCUUUUCUACGCCAACCUUGAGGUGGUGCAGAACGAUGACCACGGGAUGGUGCUUCAGUCCACCAUUGCAGGUCACACCAUCACUGUUGAUCCCCAGAUCAUCACUCACUUCAUCAACGUUCCUGUUCUCAAGACCGCUGGCAUCCCGUACAAUGAGGUAGUACUCCCACCAUCUCUGGAUGAUCUUAGGGAGUUUUUUCAUGCUGUUCCACAAGGUGCGGAGCGCGCCACUACCAUCAGAAUCGGUGCUUUAUCCCCCACCCACCGCAUGCUGGACAAGAUGAUUCAGCACAACCUAUGGCUAGUCAUCAGGCGCAGUGACCUGAUCUUGAAGCGGGCUCAGUUUGUCUAUGCCAUCAGCCUCCGCUUGCCUUUCUGCCUAUACAAGCAUAUUUUGGGUGUUAUUCUGGAGGCCCUCAAUGAGAGCAAUGCCGGUCUUCCUUUUGGCUGUCUAUUCACACAAAUCAUACUCCAGACCAGCAUCAGUAUUGCUGAAGAGCCGAAGAUGAAGAUUCAGAAUCCUAUCGGCAAGCAGACCUUGAUAUGGUCCAAUGCCCAGCAGCGGAGAGAUGAUUCUGAUGAUGAUGUCCCUGCUGCCAUUCCUGUCGGCUUUCCAGAUAUGGCUUCCUCCUCUCAGACCGUCCCACCUUCUGAGCCGGAAGUCAAUUAUUCUCAGAUAAUGGAGGCCCUAGCUGCCAUUCAGGGAGGGAUGAGUGCCAUGCAACUCUCCAUGUCAUCCAUGCAGCAAGAGAUACACUCCAUCAACCUGUGUGUAGAGCAGAACUAGCUGGACCUCUAGGAGUGUCUCAAGUACCAUCAUCCUGACAACAGUGACGAUGAUGAUGAUGAUGUGCCUAAGACUGCACCUAUGGCAAAGGAUGCUUGAGUUUUCCUUUGUUUUGUUGUCUUUUUGUUGUUUGAGACAUUUGGUUUAUAUUCUACAAUGUUUUGUUAAACUCUUUGACUAAUAUUACUAUGUUUAUCCUGGUCCUUCUAAAACCGUUAGGGGGAGUAAUUUUUAGUACAGUUGGCUUUUAUUACUCUAUUUUACCCUUUGUCCUUUUGUGACAAAAAAGGGGAGUAAUUUUUAUUUUUGGACCGGGAAUGUAUUUCCAAAUCGGUCAAGUGAUUUUUGUCCCAGAAUAGACAAAGGGGGAGUUUGUUAGUUUGUAAUUGGCCUCAUUCUGUUGGACAAAAUCACUUGUAUGUAAAGAUGCUGUUUAACAGGGAUUCCGCUAUUCAUGAGUGCUUUAGAAGAUUCUACACUGUUUGCAAGUCAGAGAUUUCGGUUCCCUGUCAGCCAUCCGGAAGACGUGCCAUCCCAUCCGGAUGCUCAUCUGUCCAAUGUUCCAUCCGUCUUGACGACAUAUCAUACCGUCCGGACGUCCGACAGACUAAGCAUCAUUCGUCCGAACGACGUGGAAUUCCGUCCGGACCCUUCACAGUAUCGAAAAGCUUCUAUUCCAGCUUACAUCCGUCCGGACGACUCAGCAGCCCAUCCGAACGCCCUUCAGUAUUCAAACAAGCUUCAGAUUCUUUCCAAAAUCAUAUAUGGGAAGAUAGCCGCAA